AUGGUCAAGCUUUCUCUCGCUGCGCUUGUAACAUGUGCAGGCCUCGUGGCCUCUCUACCAUCGUUUUUGACUCCUCUCGCGGGACGAUCCUUUGAUGACUCCGAUACCGUGAGCAUUGAGAGCCGCUCAACGGGAGGCAAGGUCGCCAACAAAGCUCUUGCUCGAUUCGACAACAGCAAUAUCGAAGAUGGCAUGGGCAACGGAACCGACUGGUAUCAUCUCUAUUUGGGUAACGGGACAGAGGCUGCCGGAUGGCCCUCAAAGGACAAGUGGGUAUCUUUUGAGGAUAUGUUCAACAAUUACAAGCUGCAAAUGUAUGUCGCCUGUCAAUUCCUGAACUGGCGACUACCCAACAACGACAUAGCCGAAGUGGAGGCUAUCUACGACGGCAUCCAAAUGGCCGCGGACGCGAGUGGCGUUGACCACCGCCUUAUCCUAGCCAUCAUCAUGCAAGAGUCUCAUGGAUGCGUAAGGGUGAACACGACGAAUCUGGGUGUGCGGAACCCUGGCCUCAUGCAAAACCACAACGGGAAGGCGUUUUGCAACGACAACAAGAAGCUCACGACGCCAUGCCCCGCAGCGACGAUUCAUGAGAUGAUCCGUGAGGGUACUGCUGGCACUACCUCUGGAGAUGGCCUGGCUCACUGCAUCAACCUGUCUGGCAACGGCGAUGUCUCUGACUACUACCGCGCUGCCCGCAUCUACAAUUCCGGUUCCAUUUCGAAGACGGGCAACCUGCAGAGCAACAUUGCCACUCAUUGCUAUGCUAGUGAUAUCGCAAACCGUCUCACUGGCUGGGUCUAUGCACCAUCAACAUGCACCUGCGACGACGAUCCUAAGAGCUGUGGCGUGGUAAACCAUUGA